CAAAUGUGCCCAAAAUGACUACAAAGAGAUGCAUAGUGACCGCAAUAAAAUGCAAAACAACGCCAAAAGACAUAAAAACAGAAAUGCAAAACGAUUACAAAGACACAGAAAAUAGUCACAAAGAGAUGCAAAAUAAUUAAAACAAGACAGAAAACUACAACUGUUGCAAUACACUAGAAGCAACCACAAAGAAAUGCACACAGGAUGAUCACAGAUGCAAACUGGCUACAGAGAAACACAAAGUGACUGCAAAAGACAGAAAACUACCGUUAAGAGAUGCAAACUGACUCUGAAAACGACAACGCACAACACAAAGUGACUACAAAUGGACAAAAAUGCUACAAAAGACACAGAAAUCCCAUAAAAUCGACACAAAACAACUACAAAAAUCUAAAAAAAAAAAACAACUGGAAAAAGAGGAAAACUGACUACAAACAGACAAAAACAAACACAAAGAGACACAACAUGGCUGCAGAGACAUAAAACAACUACAAACAACCACACAAAGCCACAAAAUGACUGUAAAUACGCACAGGCUGAGCAUAAGCAUUGCACACAAUGCGUUUCCCUCACAUAUUUCUGUAGUGUGUGUUUGUAGCCACAGGAGGGAACUAGAGAGUAGCUCAGUACAAACAUUACUAACUUCCACCUGUCAUACAGGUGAAGUAAACGGAUGUUAUUGUGUGAAAUAAUUGGUUUUCUCUCCGUGUUUUUACUUCUGCUUCAUUGUGUGAUCAUAUUUAGUUAUUUACAGUCACAUAUAAAACGGAAACUCAGAUCCGACUCCGGGUUCAUGAGGAACAAUAAGAAGUGAGUCAUAUGAGGCGGCUGGCAAAUCAGCGAGCAGCGUCUCUCCAGGAAACACUGCCGGGUCUCCAGCUGCUCACCUGCGGCCACAAGCAGCCAGAGAUCCUCGAGGGAUUGACGGAGCACAAACAGCUUCAUCUUCAUCUUCAUCUCAACUAACUGUGCGCAGAAACAGCGAUGGUUUGCGGCGGAUUCGUUUGUACCAAGAACGCACUGUGCGCCCUCAACAUCCUUUAUGUUCUGGUGAGUCUGCUGCUUAUCGGCGUGGCGGCUUGGGGGAAAUGGUUCGGCCUGGUGUCCAGCAUCAGAGUGGUGGCGGUGGUCAUCAGCGUGGGAAUCUUCCUGUUCCUGGUCGCCUUUGUGGGGCUGUGCGGUGCUCUGAAGCACCACCAGGUCCUGCUCUUCUUUUACAUGAUCAUUCUCUUUGCAGUGUUUGUCUUGCAGUUUUCAGUGUCCUGUGCGUGUCUGGCUCUCAACAAAGACCAACAGAACCACCUGCUGGAGGCCGGAUGGAAUAACUCCGAGGCCACUCAGAAGGACGUUGAGAAGACGCUAGACUGCUGUGGCUUCUCUCAUGUCAACUACAACGGCUCAUGUGCUGCUAGCUGCUUCAAACAGUCACCACCGUCCUGCGUGACCUGCUCAGACCUGAUCCAGCAGUAUGCCGGACAGGUGCUGCGGUUCGUGGGCGGCAUCGGCCUCUUCUUCAGCUUCACGGAGAUCCUGGGAGUUUGGCUCACCCACAGAUACAGAAACACCAAAGAUCCUCGAUCCAAUCCUGGGGCCUUUCUUUAGGCACUAACAUUAAAAUAAAUGAAAAACUUCACUGCUCAGUAACUGUUUUCCCUGUAACUUUAUUAACCAUAGUCUGUCUGUAAUGUCUAAAGAGUAACUUGCACUCAAAUGAAAAGAUUUGGAAUCAAAUUAUACAUGUUUAAACUUUUUUAGAUACCAACAUCAAAGCAGCAACAGCUCUUUGUAUUUAGUGUGUGCACUGCAAAACAUUAGUUUCUUACGUUUUUUGUUGUCUAUCGAAGCAUAUACUCUUAAAAUCACUAUGUGCUGUAUGUUGUUUUCACUGUAGGAGUCUAAUAAAACAAAAUAUUAAGCAUUAA